UGGUGAUCUCGCGAGAUCCGCAAGGCAUUCUCUCUUCUACUUCUUCAUUUUUUUUUCCUCCGUUGACUCGUCGCAGUGAUCAAGCUGCUUAUAGAGUGAGCUCAGAGAUCAGAAACGAGUCCGCGGAUUAUUAUUACACGUCAAGAAAAACAUGACUCUGAAUUAAAAGUGUACAGACUGACAGAGGGAAUGGACCCGAGGCUAAGCUGCGGCUCUCCGCGGGAGGACGGUGAGCUGGAGGACGGGGAAAUCUGCGACGAUGAGACGGAGGAGAAACAACAGCAGCAGCAGCAGCAGCAGAAGAAGAAGAAGCCGCAGGGCGCGAGGCCUGGAACCGGAUCGCGGAAACCCAAAACGUCCACACCGCGAUCCAAACCCACUGGUAUGGGAUUGGGAAAGGACUUCCGGGCUCCUCCGCCGCCAUUCAGACCCGGACCCAUGCUGCACGCUUCGUUCACCUCCUGUCCCACCGGCCCCGACCGGUUAGAGCCGCCCAGUCCCAGAACCAGCUUCUGGGAGCGCAGUCACGGGGCACUGGGCCGGCUCCGGUACCGGGGGAGGGCCGGAGAGGGCCGAGUGGACAGAGCGCGAGGGGCCGGUAGGGGCAGAAAUGUUCACCGGAAAGAUUCGCCCAACUGGAAACAGAAGCAGGGCGGCCGGGCCGCGGGGCGCAAACCCGCUUACAUCUCCCCCAAAGUGGAGAACGGCAUGGACGAGAGCUUCGAGGAUCUGCUGAUGAAGUACAAACAGAUCCAACUGGAACUUGAGUGCAUCCGCAACCAGGAGAGGAGAGCGCUGAAACCCAGCGAGGACUCACCGCAAAGGGAACAAGAGGACACACCCGCUGCAGAGACGCUGGCAACAGCCCAGGGGCCGGAGACGAACCAGCCUGAAAAGAGAGAGGAGCAGGAAGAGAGGAAGUCGUUCCAGGCGUUUAACCUACGACCGCUCAGACAGAAACUGCUCACGCCUGCAGAGAGAGAUGCACUGAACACUAAGACCACCCAGGGGGUGGAGCAAAAAGAGGUGGGGCAUAUCGAGGAGGGUGAAGAGGUGAGAAAGGAAGCGGAGAAGAGUCCUGUCCAGCCGACGACACCGAAAGAAGCUGAAGAAGAUGAGGAAGAGGAAGAGUCAUCAGACCUAAGUAUCUCACUCAGCAAAGAGGUCAACAAAACCGGCAAGGAUGAAGAUGACGAGCUCUCGGAGCUGCAGUUGCGUCUUCUCGCUCUACAGUCAGCAAGUCGCAGGUGGCAGCAGAAAGAACAACAGGUGAUGAAGGAGAGCAAGGAGAAACUUAACCGUGUCAAAACCACACCUGACCACUACAGGGUUACCACCAGGUCCGCCUCUGCUGGGAGGGGUCACCCAGGGGCAGGGGUGAAAGGUCUGGAGAAGGGCAAACUCCCCAGUAGACCAGGCACAGAGCGGAGCAAAGCACCACCCAAAGGACAUGCCGCUAAACACACUCUGAGCCCAGUGUCGAAGCAGGCGUGGAGGAAACAGCAGCUGCGGACGUGGAAGCUGCAGCAGGAGGCACAGAAACAGAAGAGCGAGGAAGAGGAGGAGAAGAAGAAGAGAGAGGAGGAAAUCCGCAAGAUAAGGGACCUGUCCAAUCAGGAGGAGCAGUACAACCGCUUCAUGAAGCUAGUGGGAGGAAAACAUCACACACACACUAAGUCUUCAGAUCCUGAACACAGAAAGUUGAAACAAGGACUCGACUCUGCGGGUAAUCUGUACCAAUAUGACAAUUAUGAUGAAGUUGCCAUGGAUACGGACAGUGAGACAAAUUCUCCAGAUGCUUCUCCAGCACGCGAGCCGUUUGGCGCAGUAGGGGCUGUGUACGCUCCAGUCUCUGUGUUGUCGUUAAGCUCCGCCCCUCUCAGACAGGACGUGUCUCAGUAUUGUGUGGAUCCAGUGGGUGUGGUUUCACAGACUCCACCCCCUCCUCCACCCCCAAUGCCCCCUCCAGAGGACUCGGAACGUCCACCCAAACCUCCGUUUGCUGAUGAGGAGGAGGAGGAGGAGAUGAUGCUGAGGGAGGAGCUUCUAAAAUCGCUAGCGAACAAACGUGCAGUGAGACCAGAGGAUGCAUCCAGUAACAGUGGCCCGCCCUCUCCAAUCAGACCUGUAGCCCCACCCACCAUCCGAGCCCACACUGCUGCUUCUGUCUCUCUGGGGUUCAGCACUAGCUCCACUCACUCUCGAACUUCCAGCAAGUUCGGUCGAGGAGCAGGGGCAUCUAGAGCUCCACUGGUGCUGCCAAGACACAAAGCCGUGGUCAUUCGCCUGAACGCGUCCGAUGACAGUGAUUCUGAGAUGGAGGCCUCCAGUUCGGCACAGUGUGUGUUCGGUGGUCUGGAGUCGAUGAUUAAAGAGGCGCGGCGAACCGUGGAGGCGAGACCGAGAGCUGUUCCUGUGGCUGAGAAGGAGAACAACCCACUACGGACACAGGACACUUUACCAGAGGGAGCGGCGAUGGAGUACCGCCUCCUGAGGGCGGAGUUAACCAGUAGAGAGAAUCGGCGAAUGGGGAAAUCCGAUUCUGCCGCCUCCUCUCCUGUUGGAUUUGACUCCGAUGUGGAUGUGUUGGGAAAACCAUCAGAAAUCAGCGAUACGGAGGAGAAACUCGCCAAACACCAUGCUCAGCUGCAGAAGGACCUAGCUCUGCUCGAGCAGCUCCAUCAACAGGAGCUCAGGAAGAAAGAGUCACUGAAACUCUCAGAGGCCAAAGUGAUGCGACUAAAAGAGCAGCUGCUCGCUGCAGAGAAAGUCGCCAGUGCAAACCGAGUGCUGCUGCGCAAACUGCAGGAACAGGUCCAGCGUGUGCAACACCGUGUGGCAGUAAAACAGCAUAAUGCCCUGCGAAUGGAGAGAGAGCUGCUCUCUCAGACAGGAGUACUGAGAGGGAACUACAAACGCAGCAACACACAACUCUCAAUGGGGAAGCGGCACCGUGUGGACCUCUCUGACGCGCACUACGCGGAUCUGAUGGCGCAGAAGAAGCGUCUGCAGCAGCUGGAGAGCGAGUACGCACUGAAGAUCCAGAAGCUGAAGGAAGAGCAGGCUUUGCGUCAGGCCAACACUCCCAUCAUCCCAUGCGACGUCACACAGCCCUCGCUUCACGACCUUACGCAGGACAAGCUCACGCUCGCUAGCGACGACCCCGGUGAUGAUCCUGACCCAGAGGGGGUGGAGCCACAGCCUGUUAACUCCAAGACCACCACGACUCGCCGUCGCUCUUUCCGUGAGUCUGGGUCUUUUACUAAACCCAAUCUGAGUCACACUGAGACUCCGGUCACGCCCACAACACAGACCAUACCCACUGUGUCUACCAAACAAGCCACGCCCCCAACAGAACUGCUCGGCCUGUUCGGCCUGGGCGUAGAGGACCUGCGGCUGCGCUAUCAGCAGUGUGAGACGCUAUCAGACCUCCUGAGACUGGAACUCUGUGCACAAGGUGGCGCUCUGAUGGACAUCCGGCCCAGUGAGAGGGUCAUUCAGGUGGACUUUGACCCCAUGGCGCCUCAGCAGGUAUGGAGCGAGCUGAAGCCGGUUCCGUUCGGUCCGUACCGCAGUCCACUCCUGGUGUUCAGAUCGUACAGGUUCAGUCCAUAUUUCCGCACUAAAGAGAAGCUCUCUCUGAGCUCCAUCACCUACAGCCAUGCCAUAGAGCCGCGAAAGUGCUUCUGCCGCUUCGACCUGACCGGAACCUGCAAUGACGACGACUGCCAGUGGCAGCACAUGAGGAACUGCACUCUGAAUGGAAACCAGUUGUUCCAGGACAUCCUAUCCUACAGCCUUCCUCUGAUUGGCUGCUCAGAUGAGAGCUCCACCAAUGACAUCACCCGAGCUACAGAGAAGUACAUUAAGAAGCUGUUUGGAGCGAACAAGGACCGAAUGGGUUCGGACCAGAAAGCGGUGCUGCUUGUCAGUAAAGUCAAUGAAAGCUUACGGCAUGUUCCACCAUUUACUACUCACAAACAGAGGAGGAAAUGGAGACCGGAACCGCACAGAACAUCACCUGACCCCAACACUGCGGCUGAGAGUGAGGAGGAGAAUAUAACCAUACCUGUUGCUGCCGAGGAGGACGGGUGUGGGUCAGACUGCCGGUCCAUGUCGGAUGUGUGUGUCACUCAGGACGAUAAGCGGUAUUUCGACACUGAGACAGAUGACAUUUCGAAUCUGGAGUACAGUGUGUUAGACAGCCCGAGUGACCGACAGCUGUGGAUUAAACUCGCCUACAGAUACCUCAACCAGAAAGACACCAGUGCUGUGACCGAGUGUGUGGACGCUGCACUGAACACGCUCUCGCGCGCUCUGGAGGAUAACCGUGAGGACGAGGAGCUGUGGUGUCACUACCUCACACUGUUCUCACGCCGGGGCAGCACAGACGACGUGAGGGAGAUGUGUGACAUGGCUGUGGAGCACGCAGCACACUAUACUGUGUGGUGGACUUACCUGAGCAUUGAGAGCUCUUUUGAUGGAAAAGAUGUGGUGUGUAAACGGUUGCUGCAGUUCCUGAUGGAUCCUGCUGAUGGCGCUGUGGAGGAGCUGUCAUCGUUUCAUCUUCUGGAGGCGCUGCUGUACCGAACACAGCUCAGUGUGUUUACCGGCCGCGUGCACAAUGGCCAACACAUCCUGCAGGAUGCGCUGAUGUCCGAGGGUGUCGUGUCAUCACGUCUCACUCUGCCUCACCGCUGUGUCGCGUGGCUCUGCUACAUCCAUCUGUGUGAAUUUGGGACGCUUCCUGCACACCUGUUCGAUCCGGCUAACUCCAACCCGUCCCGGAUCGUCAGCCUGGAGCACUUCCUCUUCCCCUGGAAGUUGAGUGAGGAUGUGCACACUCCUCCUGAACGCCUCGUCACACUGUUCCAGGAUGCGUUAUCGAGGUGUGUGGACAACGGCGCGUCUCCAGCUGAAUGGACGCUAGCGUGUCUGCCCCUGUACCUCAACCUGCUCCACCUGCACAAAGUGCUGGGAAGGCUGAAGGAAGCCAUUGCACUGUGUGUGAGAGCACUGGAAGAGGUCCCUGACUGCUGCCCCCUGCUGGAGAUCCUCAGUGAGCUGCAUGUGGCAGGUGGAGAUGCGAACGAAGCGGCGUGUGUGUGGCUGCGUGCACACAGGCUCCAUCCUCAUGAUGCCCGAGUGUUUUACAGUCUGUGUAAAUGUCUACACACACAGGAGAGACGCGUUGAGAUUGAUAUCCUCUUUCAGCAGUUUGUGUGGUCUCUGUGCAAUGGUGUUCAGGAAGAUCUCCUUCCUGCAGUGGCCUUACGGCAUUUAUUAGGCGUCCCGUCAGAGGACCUGCAGCACUCUCCCUCGCUCCCCUCGCUCCCUGAGCAGCUCCAGGAUCAGCUCCCCUACCUGCACCUCACACACUGUUUCUGGCAGUCAGUGCGAGGCAGUACGGUUGAGGCAGUGGAGGCUUUCGAGGCGGCGCUGGGAGCCAUCUCAGAUCUGGAGGUGGUGAAGAAACUCUGGCUUGAUUAUCUCCUCUUUACUAGCAGUAAGCUGGCAGGCCGAGAGCUGCGAGUGUUCAGUGAUCUGGUGCAGCGCUGCCUGAACACAGUUCCUAGCAGGAUCACCCUGCCCUACCACAGCACCACCUACUGGAGCUGCUACAACUUCCACAACCAGGUGAUCUCCUUCUAUCUGAGUUUCCUUCCUUCCUUGCUCCACUCAUCUGCUUUGGAACGAUUCAGAACCGCAAUGCCCAGCAACACUGAACUCAGCCUCAGGGUCCUGCAGCAGGAGUGGAGUGAUGAGAACGUGGAGCAGAUGAAGCUGCAGUCCCGCCUGAUGACUGCGACGGUUCCCACCUGUCUGUCUGCCUGGAAGAUAGCGAUUGCUGUACAGAAGCAGCAGACGGGAAGAUCAGAGGUGCAGAAACUUUACCAGCAAGCUCUUCAGAAACUGCCUCUGUGUGCUGCUCUGUGGAAAGAUUGGCUCCUGUUCGAAGCUGCAGCUGGAGGUAAAACUGACACACUGAACAAACUGGUUGCGAAAUGCCAGGAUGUGGGAGUGAGUCUGAGUGAGCCGCUCAGUGUACACUCUCACACUCAGGACUCGUGAAGUCUGCAGUCACUCCCUCGCUCCCUUCCUCCCUUCCUCCCAUCCUCCCUAUUCCCUUAAAAUCCCCCUCACACCACACUAUCCACCCCUUCACACAUCUACCACACACACUGCAGUAGAUAGAGCGGCGAGUGUGUGUGUGUGUGUGUGUGUGUGUGUGUGUGGGUCAGCAAGCUGAAGAACAUGAACUCCAGCUAAGCGAGUGUGUGUCCUCCAAGUCGUCCUGUACGUAAGUAUGGAGCUGAUCACACAGCUGCUGCUCUUUCAGUGUUUUUGUUUUAUAGUUGUGUGUUUUUAAUUCGAUUUUAUUUCGUUCGUCUGCGGCUCCGAGUUAACGGGACUCUCUCCCUCUCUCUCACCUACGCCACGUAGUGAUGUUCACAAAUGACAGUAUUUUAAAGAUGGCUUCCUUCAGCUAGACGUUUAUUUUCAGCGUAUAACCCGACGGAUGAGAGUGACUCUACACGUUCGGAGGUUGUUUUAAGGGCUUAGAAAAAAAAAAUUAAAAUAAAAAAAACAGGAUUUAAAUAUGGCUGCCAGUCAGAAGUAUUGUGUGAAUCGAACCUCGACAGUGUGGAGAUGUUUCUGGAGACUGCUGAAUCUGCCACAUGAUCUGAAUCUGCUCCGCCUCCGGCAGCCAAACACCAGUAACUUUAUGUGCAAGUGGUUUUUUUUUUUUUUUUUUUUUUUGUUUUUUUUCUUGUAAAAAAUCUAUCCAUUAAAAGUAUUCAGGAACAUGCAGGAAUGAUUUUUUUCAACUGUUUUAUUUUGUAAUUGAAAAAUGUUUCAAUUAAAUUAUUUUGUAAAGAGA